AGCUGCCAACAUGGAAAGUGUUCUUUCCCACCCAUGUGACUGUGAAAACAAGCGAUUCCAAAACAAGCCGAUGAAUUACUAAUGCAGGCUUUUGUUGGGCUGGAAACCGUCAUGAAGUGACAUGAAAGAGAAAUGGAAAGACGUCAGAGCGUGUGGGUGGGAGUGUUUUUGGAAGGGAACACACACACACACACACUCACAGACAGCAUCAUGUUCAGCAGCAUGUCACAGUCCCAGGAUUACAGAGGCUUCAAGCAGCUCAUGCCCGGUGAUGAACCAGGUGGACUCUACAUCUUGAUGCUGGUGUCCCUCUUCCCACUGUACUACUGGUGCUUCACAGACGAAAGUACUGAGGAUGAGUUUGAAAUAUCCUUCGUCUGCCAUCGGCCUGAUGAUCUGGACAUACUACAGGAAGAGACUGAAUUCAGCAGGAAAGAGCUGCAGUUCCUCUACAGGGCCUUCAAAAAUGAAUGUCCCAGUGGAGUGGUGACGGAGGACGUGUUUAAACUCAUUUACUCUCAGUUCUUCCCUCAGGGAGAUUCAAGCAUUUAUGCACAUUACCUAUUUGAGGCAUUUGACACUAACAGGAAUGGCUGUUUGAGUUUUAAGGAGUUUGUUGCUGGUCUGUCACUCAUCCUUAGAGGCUCAAUAUAUGACCGGCUAAACUGGGCGUUUAAUUUCUAUGAUCUUGAUAAAGAUGGAUUCAUCACAAGAGAGGAGUUGAUGAAGAUCAUGAAGUCGAUUUAUAGUUUGAUGGGGAAGUAUGUGUAUCCCUCCAUACAUGAUGAUACUCCCAGCGAACAUGUGGAAAACUUCUUUCAGAAAAUGGACAGAAACCAUGAUGGACUGAUCACUGUUGAGGAGUUCAUGGAGUCGUGUCAAAAGGAUGCAAACAUUAUGCGGUCAAUGCGGCUGUUUGACAGUGUCUUCUAGGAGCUUCUGCCCAGCUGUUGAUUUCGGCACAUUCUUCUCUCUCCAUCAAGUCAUCGCUCUAUCACGACUCUUACUGUGUUCACACUGUACUUAUAUAUUAUGCGUUUUUAUAAUAUUUAUGUGGGGUUUGCUUUUUUUUUCAAUCAUAGAAGUCCUUUAGGGAAUCACACACCUUUAGGGAAAAGCUUGGCUCGUUCUAGAAACAUCAGUAUGCAAAAAAGUGUUUUUUAACCAUACCUUUUAUUGUAUUUAUUUCUUAUUACUAAUUUGUGUGUGUGUGUUAACUCAGAUAUUAUCUCUUGUUCUUUUACUUAAUGAUAAGUGCACUACAGGAGGAAUGUGAGGGAUCAUUUUAUGUUACAAAUGGUAUGUUUCAAUUUGAAAAAGGG